GAGCGGGCGGGGAGUCUAGGCCCAGGACAGCACCUAUUUCCUGCUGGUGUAACAGAGCACCUUCUCUCACUACUCUGGCCAUACCACCCCCGCGAUAGAGGAGCAACACAGCUGUCUCUGUGCGCUCUGGAUCAGCGCUUCCUAGAUUUCUAGCCGGAUCGUUUGGAGAAGGGCUCUGCAUCUUAUUUCCGGUGGCGGUGAGGUGCAGUUGCCAUGGUGAUUAGAGAAAGGCCGAGAUCUGCCCAGCUGCGGUGAGAGGAACGCUGAAUCGCCGAAGAGAAUUGGCUGCGCUUCCUUGUUUGUGAGCUAGAAUUAGAAUGGCGAUCAGUCCACGAAGCGAUGCAACUUUCUCCAGUCAGAAGUCAACACGUUCAGAGAGUCCUCGAACAAAGAAAUUUCCACUAACUGAAGAGGAAAUAUUUUAUAUGAAUUGUAGAGCUGCCUACUUAACUGUCUUCAAAAGCAGCUUGGAAAACAUUAUUUCUAAAGAUCAACUUUACUUAGCUCUUCAGCAUGCAGGAAGAAAUCCAUCCCAAAAGACCAUUAAUAAGUAUUGGACUCCUCAAACUGCCAAACUGAAUUUUGAUGAUUUUUGUAUAAUUUUAAGGAAGGAAAAACCUACUUCAAAAGCAGAACUACUAAAAUCAUUUAAGCAAUUAGAUGUAAAUGAUGAUGGCUGUAUUUUACACACUGACCUUUAUAAAUUUCUAACAAAGAGAGGUGAGAAGAUGACUCGAGAAGAAGUAAAUGCCAUAAUAAAUUUGGCUGAUGUAAAUGAUGAUGGCAAAUUUGACUACAUCAAGUUUUGUAAAUUAUAUAUGACAACCAACGAGCAAUGUCUCAAGACUACACUAGAAAAACUAGAGGUUGACAGUAAAUUGAUGCGUCACCAGUUUGGAAACCACAUCAAAGGGUCCCCUGAAAGGGACCCAUCACCAGUACCAAAACCAUCACCUAAAAUCACAAGAAAAACUGAUCCAGAAACAUUCUUAAAUAAAGGUGACACCAGGAGUUCUUUACUGUCAGCAACCAGGAAGUUCAAAACAUCUGUUUCCUUCACAGUUACCAUGGGGCCUAAUGGUAACCGAAACUCAAAGUUAACGGAGCCAAAUUUAAUAAAGGACUGGCAACACAUGCAAUCAAAAGGUUGCUUCUUCUUAGAAGAAGAUGGUGAAAUCAUUAGUCAUCAGUACAGGAUGCAAAUAGCUCAGAGGUCCAUGGUUUAUCUAACAAUUAAGCCAUUAAACCUGAGUCAAGUUGAAGGAAAACCAUCCCCUUGGUUAUCCGUUGAUACUGCCUUGUAUAUUCUCAAGGAAAAUGAGAGUCAAGCAAAUCUACAGCUUGUGUGUUUUACCGAACUACGAAAUAGAGAAGUGUUUGGAUGGACUGGUGAACUAGGACCUGGAAUUUACUGGUUAAUUCCUUCCACAACUGGCUGUAGGCUGAGGAAAAAAAUAAAACCAGUAACAGAUGAAGCCCAACUUGUAUAUAGAGAUGAAACAGGGGAAUUAUUCCUUACAAAGGAAUUUAAGUCUACUUUAUCAGAUAUAUUUGAAGUAAUUGAUUUAGAUGGAAAUGGUCUUCUUAGCCUUGAAGAAUAUAAUUUUUUUGAAUUGAGAACAAGUGGUGAGAAAUGUGAUGAAGAUGCUUGGGCUGUCUGCAGAGAGAAUUUUGAUACAAAGAGGAAUGAACUAACGAGACAAGGAUUUAUGGAUUUGAAUCUAAUGGAAGCUAAUGAUCGAGAAGGAGAUCCUUGUGACCUUUGGGUAACUCUACACUCUAUGGGCUACAAUAAAGCUCUGGAGUUGACAGAGGCAUGUCCAUUUGUCAUUGAUAUCUAUGCAGAAAAAUGCAAGCCAAAAAUUAAAGCUGUCCAUAUGGAGGCAUGUAGUGGACAACUUGAGAAGGCCAUUUGUAAAUCUGUUCUUAGCAACGGUGAUGCUAAAGUAAUGGAUGGCUAUGAAAAUAUAAUCGUGCAUACUUACAGUUGUGACACCUGGAUAACGUCAGUUAUUGAAAACAAGUCAGAUGAGAAAGUGAUUAUUCACAUCAACAAUGAGCUAAGUAAAAACUGCAUAAACAACAGAGGACUCAACAUAUUUGCAGUAGAAGUGGGACCCAAAUCUACAAUGGUUUGUCAACAUGUAAUGCCUCUGAAUGAACGACAAGAAUGGAUAUAUUAUUGUAUAUAUUCUCUUAUUUCUUAAAUAAUUAUACUUAGAACUUACCAAACUAAGAAUUAUUUCAGAUUUAGUCUGUUAUUUAUUAAACAACUAAAUGCUACUUAACUGAUGUACCUAAAUAAUAAUCUAUUCAAUAUAUAUGCAUUUUCAUUUUAUGUCCAUGUUAUGUACUUUAUUAUUAAAAUAUAAAUAAUGCUUUCA